AUGAGGCUCCAUCUCUCUGGGUUGCUCUUCCUCCUGGUGAUCUCAUUGCCUUCAGGGAAUGGUUUGAUUGGAAAUAAUGGAGUAGAAGUUCGUUCCUGCACGGUCGUUGGUGGCAAAUGUUUCUUUGGCUGUAAACCAGGAUGGAAAUGGAUGACGUAUUGUUUCAGCGUAUUUUCUUGUUGCAAAGAACUGAAUCUAAAUCUCAAACCCCCCCAGGCCUUUGAGAACUGA